AUGCUGGAUCACCGAGCCAGGAUGGAGAGCGGCAGGAAGGAGAAGGUGGAGCAGAUCCUGUCAGAGUUUCAGCUGAAGGAGGAAGACCUGAAGAAGGUGAUGUACCGGAUGCAAAAAGAGAUGGACCGAGGGCUAAAGCUGGAGACGCAUGAGGAAGCCUCCGUCAAAAUGCUGCCCACUUACGUCCGCUCCACACCCGAGGGCUCAGAGGUCGGAGAUUUCCUGUCACUGGACCUAGGCGGCACCAAUUUCCGCGUGAUGCUGGUGAAAGUGGGCGAGGGGGAGGAAGGGCAGUGGAAGGUGAAGACGAAGCACCAGAUGUACUCCAUCCCAGAGGAUGCCAUGACAGGGACGGCCGAGAUGCUCUUCGACUACAUCUCCGAGUGCAUCUCCGAUUUCCUGGACAAGCACCAGAUGAAGCACAAAAAGCUGCCCCUGGGCUUUACCUUCUCCUUCCCCGUGCGGCACGAGGACAUCGACAAGGGCAUCCUCCUGAAUUGGACCAAGGGCUUCAAAGCCUCUGGCGCGGAAGGGAACAACGUGGUCGGGCUCCUAAGAGACGCCAUCAAACGGCGAGGGGACUUCGAGAUGGACGUGGUGGCGAUGGUGAACGACACGGUGGCCACGAUGAUCUCCUGCUACUACGAAGAUCACCGGUGCGAGGUUGGGAUGAUUGUGGGGACAGGCUGCAAUGCCUGCUACAUGGAGGAGAUGCAGAACGUGGAGCUGGUGGAGGGCGACGAGGGGCGAAUGUGCGUCAACACGGAGUGGGGGGCUUUUGGCGCCUCGGGGGAGCUGGACGAGUUCCUCCUGGAGUACGACCGCGUGGUGGACGAGACCUCACUUAACCCCGGUCAGCAACUCUACGAGAAGAUCAUCGGGGGGAAGUACAUGGGGGAGAUCGUCCGGCUGGUGCUGCUGAAGCUGGUGGACGAGAACCUGCUCUUCAAUGGGGAGGCCUCCGAGAAGCUCAAGACCCGUGGGACCUUCGAGACCCGCUUCAUGUCACAGAUCGAGAGCGACUCCGACGACCGCAAGCAGAUCUACAACAUCCUGACGGCCUUCGAGCUGCUGCCCUCGGGGACGGACUGUGACAUUGUGCGGAUGGUCUGUGAGAGCGUCUCCACCCGUGCCGCCCAGAUGUGCUCGGCCGGGCUGGCCGGCGUCAUCAACCGCAUGCGGGAAAGCCGGAGCCAGGAGACCCUCAAAAUCACUGUGGGGGUUGACGGCUCCGUCUACAAGCUCCAUCCCAGCUUCAAGGACCGCUUCCAUGCCACAGUUCGGCAGCUGACGCCUGGCUGCGAUAUCACCUUCAUCCAGUCAGAGGAAGGCAGCGGCCGCGGGGCCGCGCUCAUCUCGGCCGUCGCCUGCAAAAUGGCCUCGCUUGCCCGGGCGAUCGACAAGUACCUGUACCACAUGCGGCUCUCCGAGGAGACCCUCCAGGAGGUAUCCCAGCGUUUUGGGAAGGAGAUGGAGAAAGGGCUGGGAGCAGACACCAACCCCACCGCCUCGGUGAAGAUGCUGCCCACCUUCGUGAGAUCCACCCCGGAUGGGACAGAGGAUGGGGACUUCUUGGCACUGGACCUCGGUGGCACCAAUUUCCGUGUGCUGAGAGUGAAGGUGUCCGACAACGGCCUGCAGAAGGUUGAAAUGGAAAAUCAGAUCUACGCCAUCCCUGAGGAACUCAUGCGAGGCAGCGGGGUGCAGCUCUUUGACCACAUUGCUGAGUGCUUGGCCAACUUCAUGGACAAGCUGAAAAUCAAAGACAAGAAACUCCCCCUUGGGUUCACCUUCUCCUUCCCGUGUCACCAGACCAAGCUGGAUGAGAGCAUCCUCGUUACUUGGACGAAGGGAUUCAAAUGCAGCAGCGUGGAGGGGAAAGACGUGGUGUCGAUGCUGCGCAAGUCCAUCAAGAAAAGAGGGGACUUUGACAUUGACAUUGUGGCUGUGGUGAACGACACCGUUGGGACCAUGAUGACCUGUGGCUAUGAUGAUCAUAACUGUGAAGUUGGCCUCAUUGUUGGUACCGGUACCAACGCCUGUUACAUGGAGGAGAUGAGGCACAUUGACCUGGUGGAAGGGGACGAAGGUCGGAUGUGCAUCAACAUGGAGUGGGGGGCCUUCGGUGACGACGGUGUGCUCAACGACAUCCGGACAGAGUUCGACCGCGAGAUAGACAUGGGCUCGCUCAACCCUGGCAAACAAUUGUUUGAGAAGAUGAUCAGUGGGAUGUACAUGGGAGAGCUGGUCAGACUCAUCCUGGUGAAGAUGGCCAAGGAAGGGCUCUUGUUUGGAGGAAGGCUCACACCAGAUCUGCUCACUACUGGCCACUUUGAGACCAGAUAUGUCUCUGCUAUUGAGAAGGAGAAAGAAGGACUGCAGAAAGCCCACGAGAUCCUCACCAAGCUGGGCCUGGAGCCAUCUCAUGAAGACUGUGUGGCCACCCACCGCAUCUGCCAGAUCGUCUCUACCCGCUCGGCCAACCUGUGCGGGGCCACCCUGGCAGCUGUGCUGCGACGCAUCAAGGAGAACAAGGGGGUGGACCGGCUGCGGUCCACGGUUGGUGUGGAUGGCUCUGUCUACAAGAAGCAUCCUCACUUUGCCCGGCGCCUCCAUAAGACAGUUCGGAAGCUGCUACCAGACUGCGAGAUCCGUUUUGUGCGGUCAGAAGAUGGAAGUGGCAAAGGGGCAGCCAUGGUGACAGCGGUGGCCUACAGACUGGCCGCCCAGCACAAAGCACGGCAGAGGAUUUUGGAGGCGCUCAAGCUGAGCCAUGAGCAGCUCCUGGAGGUGAAGCAAAGGAUGAGGAUAGAGAUGGAGAAGGGGCUGGGCAAGGAGACGCACGCAGAGGCAGCGGUGAAAAUGCUUCCCACCUACGUGUGCUCAACUCCAGAUGGGACAGAAAAAGGAGAUUUCCUCGCCCUGGACCUGGGAGGUACCAAUUUCCGUGUGCUGCUGGUGCGCGUCAGGAACGGGAUGAGGCGUGGUGUUGAGAUGCACAACAAGAUCUACUCCAUCCCAGUGGAGAUCAUGCAGGGGACGGGAGAGGAGCUCUUCGACCACAUCGUCCACUGCAUCUCCGACUUCCUGGAAUACAUGGGAAUGAAGGGCGUAUCGCUCCCGCUUGGAUUCACAUUCUCCUUCCCUUGCCAGCAGAACAACCUGGAUGAGGGGAUUCUCCUGAAGUGGACAAAAGGUUUCAAGGCAACUGGCUGUGAAGGGGAAGAUGUGGUGAACCUGCUGAAGGAGGCAAUUCACAGGAGAGAGGAAUUCGACCUGGACGUGGUCGCGGUGGUAAAUGACACAGUUGGCACCAUGAUGACCUGUGGGUACGAAGACCCGUAUUGCGAAGUUGGGCUGAUAGUUGGCACAGGCAGCAAUGCCUGUUACAUGGAGGAGAUGAGGAACGUGGAGCUGGUGGAAGGGGAGGAGGGCAGGAUGUGUGUCAACAUGGAAUGGGGGGCGUUUGGUGACAACGGGUGCUUGGAUGACAUACGGACGGAGUUUGACGUGGCGGUGGAUGAGCUGUCUCUCAACCCUGGGAAGCAAAGGUUUGAGAAGAUGAUCAGCGGGAUGUACCUGGGGGAGAUCGUCCGAAACAUCCUGAUGGAUUUCACCAAGCGAGGGCUGCUCUUCCGGGGACGGAUCUCAGAGAGGCUGAAGACCAGAGGGAUCUUUGAGACCAAGUUCCUGUCCCAGAUAGAAAGUGACUGCCUGGCCCUGCUCCAAGUCCGCUCCAUCCUCCAGCACCUCGGCCUGGAGACCACAUGCGACGACAGCAUCAUCGUGAAGGAGGUGUGCACAGUGGUGGCCCGGCGGGCAGCUCAGCUCUGCGGGGCUGGCAUGGCAGCCGUGGUGGACAAGAUCCGGGAGAACCGCGGGCUGGACUUCCUCAAGGUCACGGUCGGUGUGGAUGGGACCCUCUACAAGCUGCACCCUCACUUCUCCACCGUCAUGCACGAAACAGUGAAGCAGUUGUCUCCAAAGUGUGAAGUGACCUUCCUCCAGUCGGAAGACGGCAGCGGCAAGGGCGCAGCGCUCAUCACGGCGGUGGCCUGCCGGAUCCGGGAGGCUGGCCAGCGAUAGAAGGAAGGAGGUUUGCCGAAGAGCUUGGUUUCAGCAAAACAGGACGUUUCCCUGCCCGGUCCCUCCUUCCCUCCCUCCGUACACACACACACACACACACACACACACGUGGCCUCCCCUCGCAAGCAGACUCUUAGCUUUACUUGUUCUCUUGAGAUACCACCAGUGGGACUGGAGAUGCUGUGUGCUUUGUAUCAAGUGUUUUCUUAGGAGUUUUAUUGCAUGCCAUAAAACUGCGUAUCAAGUAAAGCUAAAAGUGUCUUUUGGCUGUCUACCUAUAUUUCCAGUUAGAGCUGGACCUGUUCCACUUGCAGCCUCCGUCAAACACCAGCUCUCCUCCCCACAUCUCCUAACCACUCUCAUAUCUUCCCUAACAGCAGAAAGGAUAAUGCUAGAAUAAUUAAGACACUGCAUUGUCACUUUACAGUAACUAGUACCUAUUUAUGUAUGUCAGAGUCGUAGUGUGUCCGUGCUGUAGAAAGCAAACCUCUUUAAGAUUGGGCUAAAGACCUCCAUUAGUCUUUUACCCUGAUCAAGGCUGUAUUAUUUCCAUGAAAGUCAUGGUAACUCUUAAAGCACAGGGUGCAGAAUUUCAGCCGGUGUGUUCUGGGUCUGCACUGAGAGAUACCAAGUAUCUCUGUUGGUGAGCAAUAUUAAAGAACCUGCUGGAUCCAAGUUAGAGGUGCUCCUUUAACUGCUCCAGCAGAGCACGUGCCUGGAAAUAAUUGGGGACUCAGGGUCUAAUCCCAUUUCCCGACCUCUCACCCGCACCCUAAAUAGAGUGUAGGAAUGUGGCAUGUACGGUUGUGUUACGUUCCCUGGAAACCACUAGCGCCCUUCCCUGGUCCAUGUGCGGAUACAAGGAACCACUGCCAAGAUGGGUCGGUGUCUUCCCUGCAAAUACACACACACUCAAAUGUCGUCCGUGUGUCUACACUUGGCGCGGUGAGUUUGGUUUGCUUUUUGUCUGUGAAAUAGUUCUGCGUCUUCAGCCUUUUAGGUGACACCUGGAUUUAUACACUGUAUAUUUAUGUUUCAAGAGAUCUUAAGUCUUUUUAUGUACAUAGUCUGGGGGGGUUAUAUUGCUUAGAAUUGACUUCACCUUUUAAUGUCAUUUAAGAAUGCUACAGAGUACUUAUUUUCUUUUUUUCUUGUGUUAUUUUUUUAAUUUAAAAUUUUCUUGGGGUAGACUGGAGAAAGAGACCCAAAUUCCUGAGGACAGUUGUACAAGAGGUUUGGGCAUUCUGAAUUUAUCACCAGAACAAAAGGGAAAUCAGAAAGCCAGGGAUGUGAUGCACAGGAGCAGUGGGGCCCUGCAGUGAAGCUUUGAGGAUUAGGCUGGUUUUAACCCAAGGAGAGGUUUUAUUUUGUCCCCCUGCCCUCCCCAGCCUGCUUUGCUCUGGAAGGUCACAUCACUUCCUAUUGCAGCGCGUGGUGAAAUAACCCAGGGCCCUGCAGGGACCCCUGUCUGAGCCCGUAUCCCUCACGCCACUGUCCUGGUCCAACAAACA